AUGAACAACCACAUACCCCUAGUCCGUCAAGUACUGGAAAAACUUCUGGCAGCCAACCUGUACGUCGUAUCAAAAUGCAAAUUCCACCGUGCACGGUUAGACUACCUGGAUUACCGAAUGUCAAAUGUGGGAAUAGAGAUGGACCCAGCCGAAGUACAAGCCAUCUUAGGCUGGAAACCCCCAUGCCCCCUGAGACAGCUACAAAGUUUCGUAGAGUUUACAAACUUCUACAGGCAAUUCAUCCCCUCCUUUAUGAAAAUUGCCAAACCUCUAACAGACCUCUUGAAGACAGAGAGCCCAGGAAUGAAACCUCAUCUGGGACAACCCCUACAGUGGGAGCUAACCUGCCAAGGGGCAUUUGAAACACUAAAAGAAAUGUUUGCAAAGGAGCCGGUGCUGACCCCGAGCAACCCUUCAUGA